GAGGCUUCAUUUCAAAACGAGUCUAUAGACGUGUCGAACCUGAAAGUGUUGUGUACUUGAAGUCCAAUUUUUUAUUUGCUCAAAACUGAAGUUGACAGAAAUUGCAUUGAUUGCAUAGAGGAAAGAGGAGAAAAUAGGAGAAAAGUAAAAUACUAAAGUCAAUUUGAGAAGCAUUGGCUAUCAAACUCGCCUUGAAACAACUUUACAAAUCGCAAAGUGUAUUUUGUCGAGGCGAAAGCGAAAUAUAUGUAGUUCAAAAUAUUAAACCAAAUAUUUAUGUGGAUUCAGUUGAACGCUUUGAAAUACGAAAUCGAGUAGCUGAAAGAAAGCAGAGAAGAGGUGGCGCAGGGGCUUACCUAAUCCCAACAAAAACUGAUUCAUUGGAUUUACGUCACUUUCUAGUUAAUUUUGUAUAAUUUCUUUUUUUUUACUUUGAUUAUAAUUUGUAUACCUGUCUUGUUUUCGGCGCGUGGAGGAGUGCAAUUGAGAGACAUUGAGACAGAGCAUUCGAGAGCUUACUUUGACCAGUUAAAGAAAGUGGUCGAAAGACGGAACUAGGCAAAUAGACAGUACCAGCCGGACGAAGAGGUCAAGCCUUGCCUGCUUUUGUGUAUUUCAUUCGUAUUUUGUUUGAACUCACGUUUUGUGUAUUUCAUUCGUAUUUUGUUUGAACUCACGUCGUCGCAGCCAUCCGGUCGAUCGCGUGUGCACAUACAUACAUUAUCCACAUUCAUAUUCGCCGGAUAUAACGCUUGAAGUGAUUGUGCAAGUAACCCACGAAACCAAAAUAGCUCCGUUAGCUACACAACGCAAUCACAGCGCAUUUAUUCGAAUACUCGUUGAUGAAAAAGAAAGUCGCACUUCAGUGAAAUUGUGCAAAUGAGGGAAAAAACGAAAUGAACAUUUGAAAAAACAGAUAAACAAGAUAAUAAAAUAUGCAAUAGCGUAGAGGGCAUAAAAUACGUAAAAACAAAACUAAAGGCACUAAAAAUAAAACUACUGUAAAGACCAACGACAGUAUUUCGCAGUUCAAUUUGUCGCGCAGCAUUUUCGGUGUUAUACAACUUGAACUUUUUUAAAGUAAUAUAUUUUGUGUGCUUUUUUUUUGAGAGUCACGCUCUUUUCUUAAUUGUUUAUUGGCGACCAACGCAGAAAACAAAAACAAACAAAAAAGCCCAAAAACCACUGUAAAUAACAACCAACCAGCAUAUCAGCGAAAAAAAAUGAGGAACAACAUCAAUAAAAACAACAACGCUUACUCGUACAAGCAUGGCGGAGGCAGCUGUCGCAACAGGAGCGUCGGUGUCGGUGCGGCGAAAGUAAUUGCAACAUGCCUCAUCUUAUGCGUUUCCAUGCAAAUGUGCUGCGGCUCCGCGAUACCGAUUUGGGAAUUUUUAACGCGUAAUGAAAAGAUGUCGUAUCUCUACUCCACAUUCGGUCAGUUGGUUAGCGUACAUUGCAAAGCCACCGCCGCCACUUCGUCGUUGCCAGUGAACCAGUGUAAGCGCGAUUUACUCGCCUAUGGCUACGAGAAGUUACAGACGUUCUCUGACUCGCAAUUAGACCAGUUGGAUCCAUACCAACGAGACGCCAAUGAACUUAUUUGGUCUUCUAUUAUGCGCGAGCACCCCAGUUCAACAUUAAUCACUACGCGGAAACCCUUGCCUACGCCACCUGACUCCUCCAUUAUCAUCCUAACGCAUCAGAAUACAGCUAAUACAGCCCCUUCCACUUCCGCACACAAUCAAAAUCCGCUCUUCAAUAGCGAUGUCGACCAUAAGCACAAAUUCGCCAUGGACAUGGACAUUGCCUUUGGUUACCCCAACUCUCAAUCAGACAAUCAAAAGCCUUACACAGAAACUUUUCUCAGCGGUCCAUUAGUUUUUCGCGUUCGCCCUGACGGCACUCCAGUCGAGCAGGACCAACAUAAACCACUGCCACACGAUGAUGAUUUGGAGGCAUAUCAAUUAAGUAGCGCUGCAGCUGGUAGUGGUGCUACCACAGCCACCACUAGGGCCGGUGCCACUAUCAUGGGCGCGUCAGCAGCCAGUGACCAGCCGAAACAUCGUAAAAUUGCCAUGAUCAGUGAUCUGAAGCAGCAGCAUUUGGCCUCAUUGGCAUUACAACGAGAUUUGCAGCCACCCUAUCAGCAACCGCGCGUUCGUCGACAGCAGCAACAACAACCACAACAGCGGCAAGUCGUACCGAUAGCAAGUCGCACAAUUCCAUUUGGCGGUUACUACUAUGCCCAGAGCCAAGUGUAAAAACUAUUACUACGCCUCCAUAAAGGAUAAAGUAAAAGUGGCCAAUUAACUUCGAUUAUAGCAUUCAAAUCCGUACAAGGAGAAAACUUUUUAUACAAAAAAUGUAUAAUUUUAGAAUUUAGUGCUUAAGGCGCUCCGCAGAGAUUUAGAAAAACCCCAUCAAGAGCUGGCAUUUGGGAUUAAAAGAAAAGUGUUUGAACCUCUUACGGGACGUAAGAGAUUUCUGCCUUCAAAUGAAAUUAUGUAUAUUGGAAAGUUUUGUGUUUUAAAUUCUAUAAUAUAAAACACUCAUUUAUCAUCCUUUGCAUAAACGUUUUUGCUACAUUAUACAUAUGUAUGUAUAAAUAUGUAGGUUUUUAGUAUACUUUAGCAUAGAUAGUAAAAGAGCUGGUGCGUUUCUGACUGUGUUUGUGUUUGUUUUGUAUUUGUAUGUGUGAAUGUGAAAACUAGUAAUUUAAAAUAAUAAACCUUAGGUUUAUUUUAAACUUUAGGCUUAGGUCAAAUUUCUUUUUCACGCACAUAUUGUUCGAUUAUAAAGUUUCGUGCAUCCGCGGACCCAAUUUUGCAAAUGUACUUUAUAAAAUUUUUAUGUAAUUGUAUUUUAAUGAUUCAUUAUUUAUUGUAUAUGUAACCUAUACCAAUUAGAUUAUAUUUGUAUUGAAAAAUAAAAGAGUU